UAAAUUAGAUUGGUGGUAGCCACAAGGCUAGACAGCUUUGAAAACAGAAACAACACGGUUAACGAGGAACAACAGCACGUUUGUUGACCAGAAACAUCUGUAACGAAGGAUAGGCUUCUUGAUAGGAUGCGCACCCAAGUGCGUCUGUCUCAUCUUCAGAUAUCUAUUUCUUUGCGAGAAAAAUCUAAUUAUCUUGCUAACGUUAGCUGGCUAACUACUAGCUAACUCUUGCCAUUUUGACCUCGGUUCUGGAACGUUGUCUGCCACGGUUGUGAUCACAUUAACAUGUCUGGGACUUCAGGUAGAGCGGUGCUCCCUCAACCUCCAACAAAAACUAUUGUUGUCUACAGGAAUGGGGAUGCUUUUUUCCCUGGACGAAAGUUUGUUAUAAAUCAACGACAGAUGUCAACGUUUGACAGCUUUUUGAGCUCUGUCACGCGUGGGGUUGAGGCUCCUUUUGGAGCGGUCCGAAAUGUUUACACUCCAAGGGAAGGGCACAAAAUCCAUGACCUCGUCAACUUGCAGCACGGGGAGAGAUAUGUUGCAGCCGGAGGAGAGCGUUUCAAAAAGCUUGAUUAUUACCAUAUAACAACGAAGAAACCACAGAAAAAGAAGAAUGAACAGAUCCGACCUGUAGUUCACAGUAGAAUAGUUGUUUCUGCUCGCUGGAGGAAAAUAAUAAACGAGUCAUGCACUAUCAAUGUUUUUACCAAUGGAGAUGUGUUGGUUCCUCCAGCUCGGAUACUGAUACCAAAGUAUACUCUCACAAACUGGGAAAGUGUCUUGGCCAUGGUGACCGAGAGGGUACAUCUGCGCACUGGUGCUGUGUACAGACUGUGCACAUUAGAUGGGACUACUUUACUUGGGCCAGAGGAGCUAGAGAACAACCAGUACUAUGUUGCUGUGGGAGCUGAGAAGUUCCGCUUCUCGCCAUACUUCCAGUGGGUCCCCAGCAGAGGAAUCAUCCGGGACAACAGUCAUCAUGCAGUCAACAAUGACAGUCUCCCAGUCCCUGUUCCCACAAGGAAAGGCAAACAUGCAAAAUUUGCUCACACAGGCUCUGGAGAUGACCUUGAGCACACAGCCAGGGGCCAUCCCAAGAACGCCACAGAGUCUUACUUCUACGCCAAGCCAGAGAAAGAGAGAGAGACAGCCAAACAACAGAGGCAGGUGUCCAGACUCCCACUUCUUUACACAACGGGCGAAGGCAGUGUGUUCCGUGCGAAAGACAAAAGAAGUGAAACUGUGGGAGCAGCUGAGGUCCAGGAAGAUGGCAGAGUGAUGGUGGACCUGCCAAUUGACCAGGUUGAGGCCAAGGUAGUCCCGGAGGAAGAGCAGUAUGUCCGGAGGAAUUCUAGGCCGGCCGGUGAGACCCAGAGUCCCUACAAAGCCUUCCUCCAAGGCUCUGAUGCAUCCAGGAAGGCCUCGGCCCCCUCGUCUGGUCGCGGGGAGUCAGGUAGAGGCACUGGUCUGACCAGCUCCAGAGACGGAGGACUAAAGUCACCGCUGGAACCUGAGCCACAGGAGACUAAAGAGGAGGUGGAGGCAGUGUCGUCCUCAAAUCUGUGCAGAAUACGGUCACGGAUGUCCAAGUUCUUCAAGGAAAAAAGAAAAAAGUGACCAGUUUCCAGACCAAAAUGCCAUUUAUUCAGUCAGAGAAUUCUAAGAGCCAGAAUCAGAGAGUCCUGUAGUAACAGGAGCGGUCGAGGACAGCGUACCCCUUACGAGACCCCCACGUACGAGAUUAAAAAGUGUUUUAAACCAAAUAAAAAUGUUUGUGUCUUGACAGCCCCACCGUGGAUAUAUAAGGCCUCUUAUUCCACGGACUGUAUUGCAUAAUUAUGUAUGGUCUAUGAAUAUUGCAUGACGCCUCACACUGAGCGCAUGGUAAAAUGCCUAAUUGCAGAGUUUAAUUAUUAAGAAGCAAAGGUCCUUGGCGGGUUACACAGAAGCACUUUUGAUCAAUUAUUUUUGGUGUUUUUUCUGAUUAAUUAUUUUUGGGCUGGUACCUCAGCAGGCCUAGUGGACAGUGUAAGCGCUCUUGAGAGAGGCUUAGCCUCCUGUGGAGAGGAAUUACUAUGCUGAUUAAAAUCCGGUGGAAUCAACUAAAAACUAAUGAUAUUGAAGUGGUCGAGGGGAUCAAGCAAAUUUCAUUCCUCUCAGUCAAGGCUAGUAAAAUGCAGUGGCACCUUGGUGGGGAGAAUAAGAGCUGCUGGUAUUGACCCUCAGGGCACUGGUUUAAUUUGUCCAUGUAACAUGAGAGAGAGAUAGAAACAGUGGUGUUUGCCUGAGUGCAGAGUAACCUACACUGAGUGCACAAAACAUUAAGAACACCUUCCUAAUAUUGAGUAGCACUCCCCCUUUUGCCCUCAGAACAGCCUCAAUUUGUCGGGGCACAUGGACUCUACAAGGUGUCCAAAUCGUUCCACAGGCAUGCUGGCCCAUGUUGACUCCAGUGCUUCCCACAGUUGGGUCAAGUUGGCUGGAUGUCCUUUGGUUGGUGGACCAUUCUUGACAUUCCUGGCACCUACUACCAUACCCCGUUCAAAGGCACUUAAAUAUUUUGUCUUGGCAGUUCACCCUCUGAAUGGCACAUUUACAUAAUCCAUGUCUCAAGGCUUAAACAAAAAUGUUCAAUAUGUUUCCUCCCCUUCAUCUACACUGAUUGAUGGUGGAUGUAAUUAGUGACAUCAUGAAGGGAUCAUAGACUGACCAGGUGAAUCCAGGUGAAUGCUAUGUCAUGGAGUGAGCAGGUGUUCAUAAUAUUUUGUACACCCCUGUGUAUGUUGUAAAUAUAAUGUAUUUCCUGACACUGUCCUGAGCAAUACUUAGCAAUCAAGGACAGAGAAAGGAAACCACCUUAGAGCAGUUUUCCAACACCAAUGUGGAAAAAGCUAUAGAUUAUAUCUACACAUCAAAUGAAGACUCCUGUGGUAAUUUUGUAUUUUGUACUGAUUUACACUAUUUCCCGCCCCAAAUGAAUAACGUACUGUGCAUGGGUUGUUCUAUUCCUUAUGUCCGCAGUGGUUGGAGGUAAGGCAUUACUUCUUUUCAAGUCUUUUCACUUUUUUUGUGAGCUGGAAGAGCCCAUCUAAAGUCCCAUUUGAGCAUCCAUUAGCCUUUUCACUCUGUCAUCAAAUACAAAAUAAAUAGAAGCCACAUUGAACUAUAAUGGAGGUCAAAAUUGAGACAACAGCUGUUUUGAGAGCCCCUUUUUUCACAGUUAGCUCAUGUUGCAACUUUAAAGCAUAUCUCCUAUGACUAUAAAAUAAGAAUCAUGUUGACAGCUGACCCGUAAUACUCAGUGCCACACAGUCUAUCCACAACAAGCUACUUCAAGCUACGGCACUGUGAACACUACAAUAGCUUCAAACUCUGAGUAAUGGAUCAAAGAGCUCCUGCAAAAUGCAUUGCAGUCUCGCACUCCAGUCAAGC